AUGUACGUGACAUGGAUACUCGAACAGGAUACCGUAUCGCAACGCGUGCACUGGAAUACUGACGUCUCGACAGUAAAAUUCAAGCUUAGUAACUCACGUUACAGCAUGAGUCGUAGCAAUAGUAAAUACGGACGGUAAACACUCGACCUGAUCUACUCAAUUCAGGAUCGGUCGUUAUCACUUUGCGGCUGAUUGGUUGAAUGAAUCCCUACUAUUUCUCCGUCGCAAAAUGUAAUUACUUGUACGAUGAUUUCGUGAACUCCGUCUUGUAAUCCCUAAACACAUAUUACAAUAAAUUGUACAUUUAAAUGAAUAAAUCACUUUGCAAAUGUACAUUUGCUUUCUAACAUAGAUUUUAACCCUCAUUUGCGCGCAAAUGUAAGAGAUAUCAUAUCGUUAGGUUUGCUAACCUAAGAAAAAUAAAUUUUUCGGAAGAUCAAUCUGAAGUAGAAGAUUCUUAAUCAUUCAGUCACUUAACUUAAUUAUUCAAAAAGAAUUUUUCUGUCUUUCUUCUUUUCUUACAAUUUACAGAUAAUAAUCUUUGAGUUUUGGAGGACUCGAGAGAUAUUAUGGAACACAAAAUACUGUGAAUGCAACUAAACUGAUUUAUUGUGUUUUUUUAUAUCUGAUUUAGAUUUUACGUUCUACGAAAAAAGAGAAAAAUAAUACAAAGUGUUAUAAAGUGUUAAAUAUUCCAAAUUUUCAUUUACUUACAAAUUUACGUUCGAAUACCGCCUGUGAAGUCAAAACAUUGUGCGCAUGCGUCAUAGCAAUUCUCCAAGCUUUCAGUGACGUGGCUUCAAUGACGGCACGAGUUGUGCUGUUGCGCAACAUGACUACUUAUGAAGAUUUCAUUCAACAAAAUGAAGACCGUGAUGGAGUACGUAUCACUUGGAAUGUUUGGCCGUCAUCACGAUUAGAUGCCACCAGACUUGUUGUGCCAUUGGGAACACUUUACCAACCAAUCAAAGAAAGACCAGAUCUUCCACCAAUACAAUAUGAUCCUGUUCUAUGUACAAGAUCUACUUGUAGAGCAAUUUUGAAUCCAUUGUGCCAAGUGGAUUACCGUGCUAAACUAUGGGUGUGCAACCUUUGCUUUCAGAGGAAUCCUAGAGCACAAUGUCUACCACCUAUUUUCUUACUGGUUGUGGAUACAUGUAUGGAUGAUGAAGAAUUAGGUUCCCUUAAGGAUUCUUUACAAAUGUCACUCUCGCUCCUACCACCAAAUACUCUCAUUGGACUUAUUACAUUUGGAAGAAUGGUGCAAGUUCAUGAAUUGAGCUGCGAAGGAUGUAGUAAAAGUUAUGUUUUUCGUGGUACUAAAGAUUUACAACCAAAACAAGUUCAAGACAUGCUGGGUAUAGGUAGGCCAAUACCAGGCCAAAAUCCAAACCAGCAAAGAGGACCUGGUGGACAACCUCUUCCACCAGCUAAUCGCUUUUUACAGCCUGUACAUAAGUGUGAUAUGAGUUUAACAGAUCUUUUGGGAGAACUACAACGUGAUCCAUGGCCUGUUGGUCCAGGAAAACGUCCACUACGAUCGACUGGUGUUGCAUUAGCUGUUGCUACUGGUCUUUUAGAAGCCAGUUAUGCUAGCACAGGAGCUAGAAUAAUGUUAUUUGUUGGUGGACCUUGCUCUCAAGGACCUGGUCAAGUAGUAACAGACGACUUAAGACAACCAAUCAGAUCUCAUCAUGAUAUCCAAAAAGAUAAUGCCAAACAUAUGAAGAAGGCAACUAAACACUAUGAUUCUCUCGCGUCACGAGCCGCAACUAAUGGCCACAUAAUAGAUAUAUACUCAUGCGCUCUCGAUCAAACUGGUCUGUUAGAAAUGAGACAAUGUUGUAACUCAACUGGUGGUCACAUGGUCAUGGGAGAUUCUUUUAAUUCUUCUCUAUUUAAACAAACGUUCCAACGUGUGUUUGCGAAAGAUCAUAAAGGCGAUUUAAAAAUGGCAUUUAAUGCAACGUUAGAAGUAAAGACGUCACGAGAAAUCAAAGUUUCUGGAGCAAUUGGUCCCUGUGUGUCUCUGGGCGUUAAAGGAUCAAGUGUCGGAGAGCAAGAAGUAGGAUUAGGUGGCACAUGCCAAUGGAAAUUCUGUUCUCUUACGCCAUCUACUACUACGGCAUUAUUUUUCGAAGUUGUCAAUCAACAUACCGCGCCAAUUCCUCAGGGUGGAAGAGGCUGCAUUCAGUUUAUCACACAAUAUCAACAUAGUAGCGGUCAACGGAGAAUUAGAGUUACGACGAUCGCUAGAAAUUGGGCGGAUGCAUCAACAUCUUUACAUCAUAUAAGUGCAGGCUUUGAUCAAGAAGCAGCAGCUGUUCUUAUGUCACGUUUAGCGGUAUUUAGGGCAGAAAGUGAUGAUGGACCAGAUGUUUUAAGAUGGGUCGAUCGUAUGCUUAUCAGAUUGUGCCAGAAAUUCGGAGAGUAUGCAAAGGAUGAUCCGAAUAGUUUUAGGCUCGCGGAAAACUUUUCCUUGUAUCCUCAAUUUAUGUAUCACUUACGUAGGUCGCAAUUCUUACAAGUAUUUAAUAAUUCCCCCGAUGAAACUAGUUUUUAUAGGCAUAUGCUCAUGCGAGAAGAUUUAACAAAUUCUUUAAUAAUGGUACAACCAAUUCUAUAUAGUUAUGGAUUUAGCGGUCCCCCGGAACCAGUGUUAUUAGAUACUUCAUCUAUUCAACCAGACAGAAUUUUGUUGAUGGACACUUUCUUCCAAAUCCUCAUAUUCCACGGAGAGACCAUUGCACAAUGGCGCCAAUUAAAAUAUCAAGAUUUGCCAGAAUACGAAAAUUUCAGACAAUUAUUGGCAGCACCUGUUGAUGAUGCGGCUGAAAUAUUAGCUGAACGAUUCCCUGCACCUAGAUAUAUCGAUACUGAACAAGGUGGUUCGCAAGCGAGGUUCUUAUUGAGCAAAGUAAACCCAAGUCAAACUCACAAUAAUAUGUAUGCCUACGGAGCGGAAAGUGGAGCGCCUGUCUUAACUGACGAUGUCAGUCUACAAGUAUUCAUGGAGCAUUUAAAAAAAUUGGCUGUAUCAUCUACAGCUUAAAUUGCAACAAUACAAAAAAUAUUCUAUAUUUCCCCACCAUCGUUUUGCACAUGCAAAAUUCAAUGUCUCAGACAUAGACAUGUCUCAGGUGAGACAUUUAUAAUUGCAAUUUAUUAAGAAAAAUAAAAUAGAUACAGUAUAGAUUUCCAUUGUAAUGAAAAUAUACGACUAAUUAAAUAUAACUCCUUAAUAUUUUUUUCUUAAGUCAAGGUAUAAUUCAUGUACAAAUAAGUAUUAAUGUAAGACAUAUUUUACAUUCAUGUUGUAAUUUUUUAACCUGUCAUUAAUGUCAUAACUUAUUUUUCAAUAGUACUUUUUAUUAUAAAUGUGGUCAGCUUCUUUUUUUUCUCUCUUGGAAGAUUAUAAACAAUGAAUGAUAAAAUGAAUAAUAGAUAUUGUAAAUUACCAAAAACUGUCAUCGUAGUGAAAUUCUAUAACAGUACUAUUUUUUAUUAAUUAAAAUCAUUAGCUGUUUUAAUAAUAGUUUUAAAGAAGAUGAAAUUUUCUAUAUUUUUCUUUUUAUUGUACCAUUGAAUACUAAACAUUAUUCAACUUUCUUCCAAUGUAAAAUAAAUGAAAAGAUGUAAGAAAGAAUUAUUAUAUUCAUCAUUAUUAAUUAUAAUAAAUCUUUAUACACGUGUCCAACACAUCAGCAAAUUGUGCAUUUAUAAAAGAAGAUUAAAUAAAAUAAAUUAACUAAGGAAUCGUAUGGACAUUUUUUGCUCCACAUCUGUCCUUUCUAAUGCUUUACAAAACUCCUCAAAUGAAAUCAUUCCAUCACCAUUUUCAUCAGCCUCUACUAUAGUUCUCUCUGCAAUGCUAGUUAACUGUUCUUCGAUUUCAAUUUCUCUUGCCUAGAGUUUAAUCUGUUAGGGCUAUUCUUCUUAAUGGGCCUGAAGUGAGCCAGCACUUGCAUAAAUUGUAAGAAAUUCACCCUAUCGUUACCACUUUCUUCAAAGAAAGCAUUUACAAUUCUAUCACCAAGAGGAUUUAUCGCUAGUUCUGGAAUCCUAAGGAAAUCUUCUCUGCUAAGCGUUCCGCAAUCACCCCUAUCAAGACUUGUGAAACGACUAUACAAGCGUUCAAUUUGGUUUGGAGUAACUCCAGUGGCUUCUUGAAUUUGCGCUAUUUCUUCUUCGCGUAAAAGAAGACUCGAUCUAUUACCCAUAUUUUUCGGUAUAUUAAAUAAAAUAUCUUUCAAUAAAAUAAUCCGACAAUUCUAACUGAAUUAAUUCAUAAUUAGUUUCUUUGGUCAAAGUACAGUUUUCUAAGAUGAUAUUCUGACGUAAAUAUUCUGAAUAUUAAUUGCAGUCACGAGUGUCAAAGAUAAUUGAUAACAUGGAAAUAUUAAAUUCAAGACUGACAGCUGAUAGAUUUUGUGGACAAGUGUUAUAAAAAAGCUGAAUGUAUUUGAAGUUAAUAUGAUGGAAUUAAGUAAUCCAUUUUGUUUGAAAAAUAUUUUAUACGCUAAAUUCUGUAUAAAUAUCUGCGUCUUGCAAUGAAUUCAUUGCUAACGUGAUGUUGAACAUAACUACGUACACUCAAUAAAAUAUGCCACGUACCAAACUUGUAGUGAAAAAAAUAAAUUUCGUAUUCUGGGGAACUAGGACAAUCAAUGGUCAUUGACUAAAGAUAAUAUAGAUUAAAAUAUGAUGCUUUUUCGCGUUCCAGAUGUAUUGUUCAAUUUCUCUUGAAUUACGUUCAAAAAUUGACUUAAAAUUAAACGUGGAUACAGUUUAAAGUAUUAGCUUCCAAAUUCAUUAACAUUGGCCGCAGAUUAAUCGAGUGAAAAUCUGAACCUGUCCGAUCUACAUAAAUGGAACUUGUAAAUCUUCAUACAUGUAUUCUACAGAUCAAAUAAAAUGUGGGAAAAAAGCUGAGAAUCUAAUUGUAAAGGUUAACAUCGUAUAAUUAUAAAUUUUAAUUAUAAAUUUAAAAGGAUAAAAUCGUAUAAUUAUAAAUUUUCGCAGAUUUAUUAAUCCCUAUUUAAUAGCUUUUUUGCAAAUGAAAAUUUGAUCGCUUUGCGGGCACUGAAAUUCCACAUAACGGUGAAAUGGUAGAACUAAUCGCUAUUUCUAUCUUCAUCACACAUUAUUGUCCUCCUUGGUAUGUCACGUGCACAGACGAGGUAUAUGAAUAGCAUUGCAACUUACGGACUUUCAUGGCCUGAAAUACCAACAUACUAAAAAAUCAUUGGUUUUUUAGCGUACUCUACAUUUACACAACAGUGAGUUGGGGAACUAGUGAAUGAACUAACGACAUGAUU